ACGCGGCGCUACAGAGCGGCCAUGGCGACGCGCGCUCCCCUCCCGGCCAACUCGCUGCUGGCGCUGGCCGAGCUGCUCUCCCUCGGCCCGGGGGACGGCGACGAGGACAGCGCGGACGCGGCGCAAGGCCCCGCGGGCGGCCGCUCUGGGCCGGGGAGUAUCGGUCCCCUGAAGGCUGGCGGCGCCUCGGCCGCCCCGCUGCCGACCGAGGACGGCAAGGCCAUCUGGAGCGCCGCGGAGGUGCCCGAAGGGUGCGCGGGCGACGCCUCGUGGGACCCCCGGGAGCAGCCCGAAUAUGAGAUUGUGUUCAAGCAGCAAGUGAGGGCUGAGGAUCUGUUCCUAGGCAUGAGCAGAAAGGACCCCUCCACUGCCUGCUGCGAGGACAUGCUGAUUAAGAUUAAACUGCCGGACACAAAAGCUUCAGACAUUACCCUUGAUAUACAAGAAAAGCUCCUUGAUUUUCGGAGUCCCCAGAAACGGCUCCUUUUGCAUCUACCUCAUCCAGUGGACGCCACCAAUGGGAAAGCCCGUUUUCUGUCUGAACAGGCCACACUGGAAGUCACUUUGAGGAUGAAGCGAGAAUUGGAUUUCAUCAACUUUUCAUGAAGAGAAAGCGGAAUUGGCCCCUCAGAGGCCCAGGGGAGAUUUUCUAGUUAAGUAAUUGAGAGAAGAAGGAGAACAUCUUGCCACCAAUUCCAAAGAACUACUGCAGUGUCCAACAGGCCUUCUUGCCUGCACCAGGUGAUCUUGAGGUCUGGCUGUCCUGCUUCCUCCUCCUUGAAUUCUGAAAAUUUUCUAGGAGGCCUCUGGCUUCUCCAUUUUUGUUAAUUGUUGCUUCCUUGUGGGGUCCAUUCCUCCAACAUCAGGAGAUCAGCAUGGAGGGGACAACAGAGGCAAGAUGGGGUCAUAAUGGCUGAGCUGCUGACUGCUCAGACUUCUGUGCUGUUGAUAGAUAAUAAAAGUCCCGCCCUUU